AUGGCGCCUCCGUCCCCGAGACGUUCCUCUCGAGCUCGCGCCGCCCACCCCCAAUCACAACAAUCCUCUUCUUCCGGCGUAUCCGUUCGCUCCGAGAGGAACACGCGAUCCCUUCAACGACCGUCGUCGGAUAAGUCUACCCCGAGCGCCUCCCUGUCUUCGGAGCCACUGGAAGAUCUUGAAGAAGGCCCGAUGCCUCGCCGCCGAAGACGCGGACUCGACGACGGCCCAGAAAAAGCGUUACAGAGCGGUAUCAUGGACGGCAUGGCCAAUGCGAGCGAUGACAUGCAAGAUGAGGAGGAUGAGGCCGUCCGAUGCAUCUGUGGCUCAGAGGACUACCCGGGGCGGCCGCCUGUGGACGGCCCUGACGCAGAACUAUUUGCAUCAGUAGACCUUACUGCAGAGGAUGUGACGGGCUUCUUUGUUCAAUGCGACAUCUGCAAAGUUUGGCAGCAUGGUGCCUGUGUGGGAAUCUUCAGCGCGGAGAGCUCGCCUGAUGAAUACUUUUGUGAGCAAUGCCGACAAGAUCUUCACCAUAUCACCAUUGCAAACAACGGACAACCAUAUUCGAAGUAUUUGCCUUUGCAUCGACAAUCACGGCCGACUUCUCGUGCAACUUCAGUGCUCAAAGAAGGUGCAAAGUCUCCCAAGCUCUCCAGCAAAGCGUCACGAGCCGAACUAGCUCUUCAAGCUUCCAAGAGACGCUCUACAAUGAACAGUCGCGACGCGGCCUACGACGAUGAACAGCUUCUUCGAGCGAUCGAAGCGAGCAGAGAAGAAGCACCACAAGAUACAGAGGCGGGGAGUCGCCGAGCAAAGCGUGGUCGGAGUGACAGUGAAGAGAACCAAGCAAGCGUGAAGCGCCAGCGUACCACAUCGCGGUCUGCAUCCCCAGCAAUGGAACUUGUUGCCGAUCACAGCCGGGAUGGUUCCGAUGAUGAUACAAGCACGAGGAGCGGGGCCAAAAAGAGUCGUUCUCAAAGAUCAACUAAGGAGAAAUUGGAAAAGGACGAGAAAGAACGUCAAAGGCAGGAAUCUGCGAACAAACGAAACAAUCGCGCUGAACGACGCCGUGCCGAAGACUCUGAUAUAUCAGAAGAGAUGUCCCUGGCUCCGGCUAAAUCGGCGGCGCCAAAGGAUAGUGAGCCUCCAUCAGCUUCUGAGCCACCCCCUACCUUGGCCAAUGCGCCAGGAACACCGCCACCAACAGGUACCGCGAUCAGCAGCUCACAUAAACGUACGUCAAAGAGCAAUCAGAAACGAAUCAGAGGCAAAAAUCAGUACACGAAAGAUCGCGAUGAGAAUGAAGAAUCGCCUGCUCGCUCAGUAUCUCGGGACAUCCAGCGAACAGCAGAAGAUUCGCACCCUAAGUCUCCAUCGAGCGACACAAGACAGAGCUCCAAAUCUAAAUCUGCCGCUGCGAGUAAAAUGACGAUGCUGGAUAUGAAAAGAAGGGUUGCUGCGAUUAUGGAGUUCAUAUCCCGCACACAGGUUGAUCUUGCAGCAGAAGCAGCCUACCAAACGAGUUCAAGUUCUGGGGAGGCUAGUCCAGAGAAGGCAUCGGUGGACGCUAGGAGCAGUGCCAAAGGUAGCAGUGGCGCCCUCAAGGGUGAAUCAGCAGACGACUCUGUAACUGACAAGGAGUUUCGGGAUUUGACGUGCGUGGAAAUGAUGGAUGUUUUGACCAGGGAUAUGGUCAGAUGGCAAUAUCACUAUACGUAG